AUGUCGCAAUUCGUUCGCACAGUCCACUCUAGGGUCGGACGGGAAAAACAGCGCUACUCUGCGUUGACUGGGGCGAGACUGGUAGCCGGCUGCGUGGCCCUCAAUGAGGACAAGACCAAGGUGAUCAUGAUACAGUCGCUGGCGCAGGGCAGCAAUGGCAACAAGUGGGUGCUGCCGAAGGGCGGGGUGGAGCUGGACGAGCCUGACUUCCGGGACAGUGCCAGGCGAGAAACUUGGGAGGAGGCCGGGGUGGUUGGGGAGAUCGUGCGGUACUUAGGGGUGAUCGAGGACAUGCGGCCGCCCAAGAAUUGGAGCGCGGGCGGCGCUGUGCACCCGCCGCGCUCCGAGUUUCACUUCUACGAGAUGCGGGUGCAGGAGCUGGCGGACGAAUACCCCGAAAAGCACAAGCGCCAGCGCCACUGGUUCACGUACUCGGAGGCCAAGACGCAGCUGCAGCUGGCCAAGCGGCCGGAACUGCUGGAGGCGCUGGAUAGGUCUGCCAUUGUGAAGUAUCUAUAG